UGGGGAAAGGCAAACGGCUGCGGGGAGCACUUGGGACCUGCCUUCAGUCAACCAUGGGGCUCAGUGAUCAAGAAUGGCAGCAUGUCCUGACCGUCUGGGGAAAGGUGGAGUCCGACCUCGCCGGCCAUGGGCAUGAAAUUUUAAUGAGGCUCUUUCAGAGUCACCCUGAGACCUUGGAUCGCUUUGAAAAGUUCAAAGGCCUGAAGACCCCUGAUCAGAUGAAGGCCUCUGAAGAUCUGAAGAAACAUGGAGCUACCGUCCUUACCCAGCUGGGCAAAAUCCUGAAGCAGAAGGGUAAUCAUGAGUCAGAGCUGAAGCCCCUGGCUCAAACUCAUGCUACCAAGCACAAAAUCCCUGUCAAAUAUUUGGAGUUCAUUUCUGAAGUCAUUAUCAAGGUCAUUGCUGAAAAACACCCUGCAGACUUUGGGGCUGAUUCCCAGGCUGCGAUGAAGAAGGCCCUAGAGCUGUUCCGAAACGAUAUGGCCAGCAAGUAUAAGGAGUUUGGUUUCCAGGGUUAGCAUAUAUGCACAGAGGGACACCAUGGUGGAUGCCUGGCCAUACAUCUUAGAGUAGCUUCCCCAGCACUGUUUUGGACAUCUCACAAUUGGCCAUCCAAGAUGUGUGGGAAAGCUUUGAUGAGAGGCCAAGAGUCACUCCAGGCAGUGUAGAGUCACUCAGAAUGAUAUCCAUGAUAAACCGUUGUUUCCUGGCUUCAUGUAUACAAGAGAAAUAAUCUGCUUUCUUAGGAAAAA